AUGGCCGCCAACGCCCCCUUCCCAGCACCGCACUACCCCAGAGAACGCCCACAGCGCCGCACGCCCGGGCGCGAAAUGAAAGUCCUCUGCCUCGGGCUGCCACAAACAGGAACACUGACCCUCUACAGAGCCCUCAACACGCUCGGCUACAACACCUACCACCUCACCGAAGCCUGCCUGGACUACCAGAACGACGCGCUCGUCCUCUGGAACACCGCCCUCCGCGCAAAGUACUAUAUCCCCGAGCUGAGGAGCUUCGAGGGCGCUGAUUUCGAGAGGAUGCUGUGGCGGUAUGAUGCCGUAAUCGACAUGCCCGCGAGCCUGUUCAUCCAUGAGCUAAUGGACGCAUACCCGGACGCGCAGAUUAUAUUGAACACGGCCAAGGACGCCGAUAGCUGGGUUAUGUCGAUGGAGAAUAGCUACUAUAAGAUAAUUAAGAUGAAGAGGUUGUGGCUGCUUGCGUUUGUUGAUACGAUCUACCUCCGCCCCUUCCGCCGCCUCCUCCGCUCAACGCUGAACCUGUACACGCAAGGCAAGCGGACCCGGAACAAGAACCAUCUCCCUGCGUAUUACAAGGCCCAUAAUGCGCACGUUCGGGGUGCAGCGCAGCUCCGGGGCCGGAAGGUGCUCGAGUACAACAUCAAGCAGGGGUGGAAGCCGCUGUGCGAGUUCUUGAACCGCGAGAUACCGAAGGAGGAUUUCCCGGUUAGUGCGGAGGAGGACUUUAUUGUGGGGUAUCAGUAUAUUGUGGUGUGGUGGCGGGUUUGGGAGGUGUUUUGGCGGGCGGCGAUUGUUUGGGCGGUUUGGAGGGUUCUGGAGGGCGUGGCUUCGAUUUAUUGGGGGUUGCCGGAGACGCAGUAUGGGAUGGAGUAUUUGGAUUGA